AUGGGGAUGCUGAACACCCCCAAAACAUCCUUCCGCAUUUUUGGGGUGCAAACCCCGGCUGCCAGCAGCAGAAAGCCCCCGGUGCGCUGCAGAGCGAAGGGAAAGCGAAAGCCGGGCGGCGGAGCCCGGGCGGGGCCGCGGGAGGAGGGCGCGGGCGAGGGCCCGCCCGCACUACGGGAGCCGGGCAGCGCCGGGCAGAGCCGGGACAGCGACAGCAGCGCCGGGCAGAGCCGGGACAGCGCCGGGCAGAGCCGGGACAGCGACAGCAGCGCCGGGCAGAGCCGGGACAGCGCCGGGCAGCGCCGGGACAGCGACAGCAGCGCCGGGCAGAGCCGGGACAUGUCGGGUGUCUCUCCUGCAGGGAUGGUGCUCUCGGUGCUGCUGAUCCUGCUGCUGGCCGUGCUCUACGAGGCCGUGAAGAUGGGCAAGGCCGUGCUGCUGCGGCGGGCGCUGCUGGCCCUGCCCCGCAGCCUCAGCCAGGAGGCCCUGACCGAGCCCCGGGAGGGGGACAGCGACCCCGCGCAGGGCAGGUGGUUUUGGUUCCACGUGGGCCAGACGCUGUUCCACGUGGUGCAGGUGGUGCUGGGCUAUAUGGUGAUGCUGGCUGUCAUGUCCUACAACGCCUGGAUCUUCCUGGGGGCCAUCGCGGGCUCCACCCUGGGCUACUUCAUGGUGUACCCCCUGCUGGGCCGGGGCUAG